UGCUUUUGCUGUUUUUGCUGUUUUUGCUGCUUUUGGUGGACUGCAAAUGGUGUCGAUAACUGAUUUUAUACCCCCUCCUCUUUUCAGCUCGAAGGAUUUGGACACUGGGCUGUUGCAAAAGAAAAAAGGCCUCCGGUUCUAUGAUCUGGAUCUAGAAGACAUUUACGCUGACUACGAACUAUCCAAUAUUUUCCACAUUGACAGCUCAGACAUCAAAAAACUCAAUAUCAAGGACUUUGAUGGCGAGAACACUAUAAAUUCUCAUGAUUCAAAUUAUGUUAAAUAUACCCCCACCUCAAUAUUCUCCGAAAAUAACAAAAAAACAACCAGAAUAAUCAAAAUAAUAGAGAAACAAGUCGACCCAAUGCUACCUCCCAAAUGGAAAAACAAUCAAAAGACUCCUUCUUUACCAUUAAAUGAAUCAACUCCAAUUCUUCAUACCACUUCUUCAAAUAAAAUAUCAAUUGAAGAUCAAAAGUUCUGGAAAAUUCCUUCUGCAAUCUCAAAUUGGAAAAAUCCUAAAGGGUUUACAAUCGAAAUCGAUAAGAGAUUAAGCUCUUUGGGCCCAAAUAAAAAUAUUAACAGUGAUGAUAAUGAUGAUGAUGACGAUAAUAUUGAUAUAUCAAAAAAACUAAACAAAAGAUUUGUAGAUUUGGCUGAAUCAUUAGACGAAGCUGAUAAAAAAGCUAGGGAAAGCUUGAAACAAAAAAGAGAUUUAAAAAUAAAAAUGGCUCAAGAAGAAAAGAAAAAAAAAGAUGAACAAUUAAAACUAUUGGCCUUAAAUGCUAGACAGCGCACUUUAACAAAUUUUUCAUCCGAGAAUGAUUCAAGAAACAAUUCUCAAGAGAUUAGAAGAAGAGAAAUUUUAAGACAGGAAAGAUUGAGAUUAAAACAAAAGGAUUCAACCUCUUCUAAACUAAAUGAAAAAAGACUGAAACAUUUUAUAAAAGACAAUGAUAGAGAUGUCUCAGAAAGAGUUGCUUUGGGUUUAGCCAAACCAACAACUCUUGAAAAUAAAAAUGAUCCCGAUGAUAUCAUUGCACCACAAUUCGAUUCAAAAUUUUUCAAUAAUGCUCCUGCUCCUAAAAGAUUAAACUCAGAUGAAAUUUAUGAUACCCCCUUAUUUAAUACCCAGGAAGCUAUAAAUUCAAUUUACAGACCAAAAAUCUCCAGAACUUAUCAAGAUACUUCAUCAAAUACAGAAGACAAGUCAGAAAUCGCUAGAAAUGAAUUGAAAAAAUUGAAAAGCAGAAAAAUUUUCACUUCCUUAUCUCAAAUUAAAGAAGGUCCAAUUCAAUUUACUAAGGACUCAACUUCAAAUGAUCAAAUUGGUGAUAAAAGAGAUAGUUCUCAAUUCAAUAACACUACUAGAGAAAUUAAGAAAACCAAAAAAUAACAUAAAAUAAUAUAAAAUAAUAUAAAAUAAUACUUACUUUCGGAAAAUAGCUAAAAAAUUUAACACUACAAAGAAGAAUAGGAAAAAAUAAUAUAAAACAACAAAAUUUUUUGUAAAUUGAUAUAAAUCAGCAACCCCAGUUUUUUUUGUUUUUUUUGCAGCUGUUUUUUUAUUAAACC